UUUCCGUGCCCGCGCCUCUCUUCCCUGCCGCAGAGGCCUGUGGGUCGGGUGAAUGGUUUUCUGAGCGGAGAAGCCGGUGGCUGUGAGUGGUGGCCGCCCCUCCGUGUCCCUCCAUUCAUCCCCCACACUCGGGCCGCAGAAAUGGAGGCGCUCAUCCCCGUCAUCAACAAGCUGCAGGAUGUCUUCAACACGGUGGGGUCAGAUGUCAUCCAAUUACCACAGAUCGUAGUGGUGGGGACGCAGAGCAGCGGGAAGAGCUCUGUAUUGGAGAGUUUGGUUGGUCGGGAUCUGCUUCCCAGAGGCACUGGAGUCGUGACCAGAAGACCCUUAAUCCUGCAGCUGGUCCACGUGUCACCAGAUGACCGCAGAAAAACCUCAGGAGAAGACAAUGAAAUGGACGCCUGGAAAAAUCCAAGACUCAAAGGAGUGGAUGCCGACGAAUGGGGUAAAUUCCUACAUACAAAGAACAAGGUUUACUCAGACUUUGAUGAAAUCCGGCAAGAGAUCGAGAAUGAAACUGAAAGAAUAUCUGGAAACAACAAAGGUAUUAGCCCAGAACCUAUUCAUCUGAAGAUCUUCUCUCCUCAUGUCGUCAACCUUACGCUAGUGGAUUUACCAGGGUUAACCAAGGUACCAGUGGGUGACCAGCCCAAGGACAUUGAAGUACAGAUCAGAGAGCUAAUUUUUCGGUAUAUCGGCAACCCUAAUUCCAUCAUUCUAGCAGUCACUGCUGCCAACACGGAUAUGGCAACAUCUGAAGCUCUGAAAAUAGCCCGGGAGUGCGAUCCAGACGGCAGGAGAACGCUCGCCGUGAUAACCAAACUGGACCUCAUGGAUGCUGGGACAGACGCCAUGGAUGUCCUCCUAGGGAGGGUCAUACCAGUUAAACUGGGCAUCAUUGGAGUUGUCAAUAGGAGUCAGCUGGAUAUUAACAAUAAAAAGAUUGUCGCAGACUCAAUCCGGGAUGAAUAUGCUUUUCUUCAGAAGAAGUAUCCGUCUCUGGCCAAUAGGAAUGGAACCAAGUACCUGGCACGUACCCUGAACAGGCUACUGAUGCACCACAUAAGAGACUGUUUGCCAGAGUUAAAAACCAGGAUCAAUGUUUUGGCUGCUCAGUAUCAGUCACUGCUCAACAGCUAUGGUGAGCCAGUGGAGGACAAGAGUUCAACCCUGCUGCAGCUCAUCACAAAGUUUGCCACAGAAUAUUGUAACACAAUUGAAGGCACAGCAAAAUACAUAGAGACAUCAGAACUGUGUGGUGGAGCGCGAAUUUGCUACAUCUUCCAUGAAACUUUUGGGAGGACGCUGGAGUCUGUUGAUCCGUUGGGUGGACUGACCACUAUUGACAUUCUUACAGCUAUCCGAAAUGCAACGGGUCCAAGACCAGCCUUGUUUGUCCCAGAAGUGUCUUUUGAGUUGCUGGUGAAGAGACAAGUGAAACGAUUGGAAGAGCCAAGUUUACGGUGCGUAGAACUUGUUCACGAGGAGAUGCAGAGGAUCAUCCAGCAUUGCAGCAAUUACAGCACACAGGAGCUCCUGAGGUUCCCAAAGCUGCACGAUGCCAUAGUCGAGGUGGUCACGUCGCUUCUGCGGAAACGCCUACCUGUAACCAAUGAGAUGGUACACAAUUUGGUGGCCAUUGAGCUUGCCUAUAUCAACACUAAACAUCCGGAUUUUGCAGAUGCCUGUGGUGUCAUGAACAACAAUAUAGAGGAACAGAGGAGGAACAAAUUAACCAGGGAUGUACCGCGGUCUUCAGCUCCUACAGAUAAAUCUACUAAACCUCCAGGGCCUCUGCCAUCUGCCCCCCUGGAGUCCUCCCCUGCUUCUGCCACUGAGGCUGAUGGCAAGGUAGCUUCUGUAGGGGACAUGCCAGAUGCUGGAGCUGGUAACUGGAGAGGGAUGCUGAAGGCUAAAGGAGACGAUCUACUAGGAGAUGAGAAGAGCAGACAUGCACCCAUCCACCCAGCCAGCCCCCAGAGGGGCCACGCUGUGAACCUCCUGGAUGUGUGCCAUAACUCUAUAUACUUUUCUCUCCAGCCUGUCCCAGUUGCCAGAAAACUCUCCGCUCGUGAGCAGCGUGACUGCGAAGUGAUUGAGCGACUAAUAAAGUCCUACUUCCUGAUCGUGCGGAAGAACAUUCAGGACAGUGUGCCAAAAGCUGUGAUGCACUUCUUGGUGAACCACGUGAAGGACACAUUACAAAGCGAGCUGGUGGGCCAGUUGUAUAAAUCCAUGUUGCUGGAGGACCUGCUCACAGAGUCUGAGGACAUGGCCCAGCGCAGGAAUGAGGCUGCAGACAUGCUGAAGGCACUUCAGAAAGCAAGUCAGAUCAUCGCCGAGAUCAGGGAGACGCACCUCUGGUGACCAGAAGAUGGACACACCAGGCACUUCACUUGAAAACCAUAGAGGAACCGCCAAUUGUACACGGUAGAAUUUUAUUUAUAUAAGAAAUCCUUGUGUAUGGGAGGAUCGUGUCCAGGAGAGAGCCUACUAUACCAAGCAAGAAAACAAAUGACCUCCACAUUUCACACAAUAAAUAUAUGUCCAGCUAUUAUUCUCCUCUCCUCAUUUCCUGUUGUGAUUCAAGCUGACGUACCAUUGUGACCUUGGAACAAGAGCAUGCUGGGAGGUCUCGUCACUCACAUGAAUAUCUCUUAAGGUGAUGUGUUUAAUACAGGACCCGUGCCGUUCUCUGGAGUAGUGUACAUUUGUUUUAUCAUUUGAUAUGGCACUGACUGAAAUAUAUUGACAACUCUAAAUAUAAUAAUAAAAUACUUCUGAAUGUUUUGGAGGCGUUUCCACUUCAGGUUGUAUGUUUGGGGCAGAAAUAUUGUGACCUAAAUGGUCUAAUGGCUCUGCUCCCAUUCGGUCAGCUGUGUUAAAAUGUAUCCAAAGUUCAAACUUUUUAAUGAGGGUUAGAAUCCCUGUCAGGUUUUUGUCACCAUAACUGAAAGCGAGGAAAAAUCCAAAAUUAUUAUUGGUCAUUGGAAACUGUUCUGGGGACAGUUUUGGAUAAGAGGGGAUUUUUAUUAUUCACAGAAAUCUCCAAUACAGUUGGCAAAAGUGAACUGCCCAUGGCAAUUGGGGGGUUGUUUUUGUGUCCUAUGUCCUACACCUGCCGGUAGCAUGGAAAUCCAACAGUCAAGAUCUCAAUGUCUCUCCUGUGUCCUUCAGUAAACGGAGGAGAAAUUAUAGUAUACCUGCCACGAGUCUUAAUCGUUCCUAUGAUCUGCAAACUUAGAAAUGUUUGCUAUUAUUUAAAGCAGGGAUGUCCAGUCCUGGAGGGAUGCUGUGCCCAUUAAUUAUAGUAAGCUGAGGAUGCUGUGCAAGCAUAGCAGUCUACAUUAACAAGCCAGGCAAAUGCACACCUGUAGGAAUGCCGGGGCUGCCAUGUUUGCAAUGGCACUGGCAGCAAGGAAUGUAGGGGCGCCAGGUGGGUAAAUGCGGCAUGGCCAGAUCUAGGGUGGUGCAUAUUUCAAUUGCAGCCCCUCCCGCCCACAAUCCUACCCUUAUUUAUAUAUUGCAUACACCGAUAAGGGAGGCCUAUGAAUUAAAACACAGUCCAUCUCAAGCCACAACUUUUAGUAUUGGAUAGAAUAAAGUAAGAGUUAGAACCUCUGUACCACUAAUGAGAUUACCUCUUCCUUCCUAUCCAGACGGUGGUGUCCGACACAAGAAGUCAUAGAAAUCCAUUGGGCAAACAAUUACAAAGACUUUUUAGGGGGGGGGGGCAUUUGCACCAUUUUUUGCAUUACUGCUUGUGUUAAGGCAGCCCUUUCACUUGAAUGGCUAACACACCUGCACCAUGUUUCCCUUGACUAGGCGGCUAACCACAAUGCAUAGAGCAUUCAUAAUGUGCGUUGUGCCCUGCAGCAUUGGUGUUUGUUUUCAUUCUAUAUGGGCACAGGGGUGUCAUUAAGAAUGCAUGGCAAUGCACACAAAUGUUAUCCCAUACAAUGCUGAUGAUGGAGAGCGGAACUAGGGAGGAUAAAAUAUGAGAUUCAGCUUUAAAGAGCGUAAAGAGGGUUCUUCCCAACACAACAAAACUGAUAGAGGUUCUAACUCUUCACCAUUCUGUCUAAUUAAAAUGAAAAAGCUGUAUUGCAUCAUAUGACUCAUUACAUAAACAACAUAUAUUUUGAAUUAUAAAAAUCUCUGCAUUCAUUCUUUUGUUUUCAAUGACCGAUUACCUCUUCCUUUUUUUUUUUUUUUAAUCUUGAAAUGUAUUUUUUUUUCUUGUCACUUCUAGUCAGCUUGCACCAGGCUUCGGCCAUUUUGUGCCACCUGACUGUUCAUUUGUGAAGUUAAGGAAAGUUCCACAAACAUUUGGAAGCAGCUGCAUGAUGAGCUGUGUUUUUUUUUGUUUCAGGGACAGAAAUUGUCCCCCUCCCAGAGCUGCCCUACGCUGUAUUAUAUCUGUUCUUGCCUCCCUCCUGAGGUGUUACCAGGGUUGUCAUACAAUAAAGGGACCUGUGACACAUUCAUUGUUUGUCUGCUUCUGCUCCCAGUCAGUGUGAGAGAGGGGGCAAUCUCUGCUUGUAGGCUUCAGCUGCCACUUCAGUACUGAGACUCUAUGUAUGUUCUGAUAUGUCUGUGUUUAUCAUUGUAAAUAAAAUGGUCAUGCAGAAGUUUGUGUA